AUGCACCUUCCGCCCCUAGAUGUUGCUGUAUAUCCUUUCACCACAAUGAGCCGUGGGCAAUACUCCGGUCGGCUGACGCGACCUUCGUCGAUAGCUUCUUCAGCCUCGUCUUCAUCUUCAGCAUCAUCACGGGCGAGUUCUACCUCGCCCGACUUUCCAAGUAUACAAAGAGUUAUUCGCGCCGUCUUUCGCUCAUCAAAGAUCACCGUUCAGCAAGUCGAAUGUCUACAGGGAUGGCUUCAACAAAUUUACCUCGCCAGACUCGGAGAUGGCGCCUCGUUGGUCCUGAAAUGCGCACCUGCAGCCAACAUACGUCUUCUUCGACAUGAAAAACAAUUCUUGGAAACAGAACGAACAACACUCGAGACAUUACACGAGUACACACGGCUUCCCGUCCCGCAAGUGAUAAAAUACGAUGGCCAAGGCAAUACAUUAGGCUCUCCCUAUCUGAUAAUGAGUUACCUACCAGGUCGGCGAUUAUCCGAGAUGGCCCCCGUCCUGACGACAAGAGAGCGACAGAAUAUUGAUCGGACCCUGGGAGCUCACGUCGGUAUACUUACUGCUCUCUCAGCCACCCAAUUCGGUAUGACACACCGCGUCUUCGCGAAGAGAGGAUGCAACACAUGGAAAGAAGCUUUCCUUGCCCUUCUCGAAGCCAUACUACGAGACGGAGAAGAUAUGCUAGUCACAGUCCCGUAUGAUAGUGUUCGAUACUAUGUAGGCAAGAACAGCCACUUCCUCGACGAGGCCACCCAACCGCGGCUAGUCGCACUGAAUGUAUGCGAGCCAGACAAUGUGCUCAUCAACGAGCAAACGAGACAAGUCACAGGUCUUGUUGGCUUCUCCAAUGUCAUAUGGGGCGAUCCACUUAUGAGUGGGGGCAUCAAUGAUGGCAGUGACGCGUUCUUCGAGGGCCUUGGAGAACGCCCCGCAAGCACCGAUGGCACUAAGGCAAGGAUGUUGAUGUACACGACAUACAGAGCGAUUGUUGGCAUAGUGGCGCACCACUAUCGGCCGAACCAGGGUAUCAACGAACUCAAUGCACGAAGGUCACUCUCAUACGCACUCAACGACCUUGCUCAGAUAUGACAACAAUUACCCGAACCUCAAACGAUUUUGUGCAUCGCAUGGCACACGACAUUCACCCGGAUGAAGCGGUCAUGUUAGACGAGCUGGUGUGACAACAGCCCAGCACGCCGCAUCUCUUACUCAUCACCUUGAUUAUUCGCUACGCUAAGGGUUGCAUCUAUGUUCUCAUAUAGCGAUAUCUCGUUUAGGCACAAGACCAAUUCUUCCACGAAACACUUUGCCAAAGGGUCGGCGUUCUUUUCCUACUGAGGAGAUCUGAGUAUCGGUCGAGGCAAUUCCCUUCGGCUCCAACAUAUCUCGCACAAAUGCCUGCACGCCUAUGAUUCGAGUGUUGGGCCGAAGAACAUAAGCUAAGCAUUGUGCUCGGCUAUCCUGCAUAUGAUUUUCAAGGAAUUUGGUCUUUUGAGGAAGCUUUUGGCGAACACACAUAGGGCUGUACAAGGAUGGGAACCGGAAGAUCUGAUCCGGACGCGGACUCUCAUAGGUCCGGAUUAUGAAUGAUAACAUGUACACGCGAUGGAAGAACAUGUACACACAUACAAUAUUCCAACGAGCAUGUGCUGCCUCGGCUUUCG